AUGUCCCGCACUAAAAGCGUCAGCCCCCCGGGCUACGCGGCGCAGACAGCGGCGGCGCCCGCGCCCCGGGGAGGCCCCGAACACCGCUCGGCGUGGGGAGAGGCCGAUCCCCGUGCCAAUGGCUACCCUCACCCCCCUGGGGGCUCGGCCCGCGGCUCCACCAAGAAGCCCGGGGGGGCCGUGACCCCCCAGCAGCGGCAGCGCCUGGCCAGCCGCUGGCGCGGCGACGACGACGACGAUCCUCCGCUGAGCGGCGACGACCCCCUGGCCGGGGGCUUCGGCUUCAGCUUCCGCUCCAAGUCCGCCUGGCAGGAGCGCGGCGGCGACGACUGCGGUCGGGGCAGCCGCCGGCAGCGGCGGGGCGCGGCAGGCGGGGGCAGCACCCGGGCGCCCUCUGCGGGUGGCGGCGGCGGCUCCGCGGCGGCGGCGGCCGCAGCCGGCGGCACCGAGGUGCGACCCCGCUCGGUGGAGCUGGGCCUGGAGGAGCGGCGGGGCAAGGGCCGCUCCACCGACGACCUGGAGGCCGGCGCCGUCGAGGACGGCGAGGGGUCCGGGGAUGGCGGCAGCUCCGCGGGCUCGGACGCGGGUCCCGGCGCGGCGCUGUCGCUGGGCGCCUGCUGCCUGGCCCUGCUGCAGGUGUUCCGCUCCAAGAAGUUCCCAUCGGACAAGCUGGAGCGGCUGUACCAGCGCUACUUCUUCCGCCUGAACCAGAGCAGCCUCACCAUGCUCAUGGCAGUGCUGGUGCUCGUGUGUCUGGUCAUGCUGGCCUUCCACGCGGCGCGGCCCCCGCUCCAGCUGCCCUACCUGGCCGUGCUGGCCACCGCCGUGGGCGUCAUCGUCAUCAUGGCCGUGCUCUGCAACCGCGCCGCUUUCCACCAAGACCAUAUGGGCCUCGCCUGCUACGCGCUCAUCGCCGUCGUGCUGGCGGUCCAGGUGGUGGGCCUGCUGCUGCCCCAGCCGCGCAGCGCCUCGGAGGGCAUCUGGUGGACCGUGUUCUUCAUCUACACCAUCUAUACGCUGCUGCCGGUGCGCAUGCGGGCGGCGGUGGUCAGCGGGGUGCUCCUGUCUGCCCUUCACCUGGCCAUCGCCCUGCGUGCCAACUCUCAGGACCAGUUCCUGCUCAAGCAGCUGGUCUCCAAUGUCCUCAUUUUCUCCUGCACCAACAUCGUGGGGGUCUGCACCCACUACCCGGCCGAGGUCUCCCAGAGACAGGCCUUUCAGGAGACCCGGGAGUGCAUCCAGGCGCGGCUCCACUCGCAGCGGGAGAACCAGCAGCAGGAGCGGCUCCUGCUGUCUGUCCUUCCCCGGCAUGUUGCCAUGGAGAUGAAAGCAGACAUCAACGCCAAGCAAGAGGAUAUGAUGUUUCACAAGAUUUACAUCCAGAAACAUGACAACGUGAGCAUCCUGUUUGCUGAUAUCGAGGGCUUCACCAGCCUGGCAUCCCAGUGCACUGCACAGGAGCUGGUCAUGACCCUCAACGAGCUCUUUGCCCGCUUCGACAAGCUGGCUGCGGAGAAUCACUGUUUACGUAUUAAGAUCCUGGGGGACUGUUACUACUGCGUCUCGGGGCUGCCUGAAGCGAGGGCCGACCAUGCCCACUGCUGCGUGGAGAUGGGCAUGGAUAUGAUUGAGGCCAUCUCGUUGGUCCGGGAGGUGACUGGGGUGAACGUGAACAUGCGCGUGGGAAUUCACAGCGGGCGAGUACACUGCGGUGUCCUUGGUCUCAGGAAGUGGCAGUUCGACGUCUGGUCUAACGACGUCACGCUGGCCAACCACAUGGAGGCUGGAGGCAAGGCGGGACGCAUACACAUCACCAAGGCCACACUCAACUACCUGAAUGGAGACUAUGAGGUGGAGCCGGGCUGUGGGGGCGAGCGCAACGCCUACCUCAAGGAGCACAGUAUUGAGACCUUCCUCAUCCUGCGCUGCACCCAGAAGCGGAAAGAAGAGAAGGCCAUGAUCGCCAAGAUGAAUCGCCAGAGAGCCAACUCCAUUGGGCAUAACCCGCCACACUGGGGCGCUGAGCGCCCCUUCUACAACCACCUGGGUGGCAACCAGGUCUCCAAGGAGAUGAAGCGGAUGGGCUUUGAAGACCCCAAGGACAAGAACGCCCAGGAAAGUGCGAACCCCGAGGACGAAGUGGAUGAGUUUCUGGGGCGGGCCAUCGACGCCAGGAGCAUCGACAGGCUGCGCUCUGAGCAUGUCCGCAAAUUCCUCUUGACCUUCAGGGAGCCUGACUUAGAGAAGAAGUAUUCCAAGCAGGUGGACGACCGGUUUGGUGCCUACGUGGCAUGUGCCUCUCUUGUCUUCCUCUUCAUUUGCUUCGUCCAGAUCACCAUCGUGCCCCACUCCGUGUUCAUGUUGAGUUUCUACCUGACCUGCUUCCUGCUGCUGAUCUUGGUGGUAUUUGUGUCGGUGAUCUACUCCUGCGUGAAGCUCUUCCCAGCCCCACUGCAGACCCUCUCCAGGAAGAUUGUGCGGUCCAAGAUGAACAGCACCCUGGUCGGGGUGUUCACCAUCACCCUGGUGUUCCUGUCAGCUUUUGUCAACAUGUUCAUGUGCAACUCCAAGGACCUGUUCAGCUGCCUGGGCGACGAGCACAACGUCAGUGUGAGCCAGAUCAACGCGUGCCACGUGGUGGAGUCAGCCUUCAACUACAGCCUAGGCGAGGAGCAGGGCUUCUGCGGCAGCCCCUGGCCCAACUGCAACUUCCCCGAGUACUUCACCUACAGCGUGGUGCUCAGCAUGCUGGCCUGCUCCGUGUUCCUGCAGAUGAGCUGCAUCGGGAAGCUGGUGCUCAUGCUCGCCAUCGAGCUCAUCUACGUGCUCGUCGUCGAGGUGCCUGGCGUCACGCUGUUUGACAAUGCGGACCUGCUGGUCACCGCCAACGCCAUAGAUCUGAACAACAACGGGACCUCCCAGUGCCCUGAGCACGCGACCAAGGUGGCGCUGAAGGUGGUGACCCCCAUCAUCAUCUCAGUCUUCGUGCUGGCCCUGUACCUGCACGCUCAGCAGGUGGAGUCCACUGCUCGCCUGGACUUCCUCUGGAAACUGCAGGCUACAGAGGAGAAGGAGGAGAUGGAGGAGCUACAGGCAUAUAACCGGCGGCUGCUGCACAACAUCCUGCCCAAGGACGUGGCUGCCCACUUCCUGGCCCGCGAGCGCCGGAACGACGAGCUCUACUACCAGUCAUGUGAGUGCGUGGCCGUCAUGUUCGCCUCCAUCGCCAACUUCUCCGAGUUCUACGUGGAGCUGGAGGCCAACAACGAGGGAGUUGAGUGCCUGCGGCUGCUCAACGAGAUCAUUGCAGACUUCGACGAGAUCAUCAGCGAGGAUCGGUUCAGGCAGCUGGAAAAGAUCAAGACCAUCGGCAGUACCUACAUGGCUGCCUCGGGCCUCAAUGAUUCCACCUAUGACAAGGUGGGCAGGACCCACAUCAAGGCUCUGGCUGACUUCGCCAUGAAGCUGAUGGACCAAAUGAAGUACAUCAACGAGCACUCCUUCAACAACUUCCAGAUGAAGAUCGGGCUCAACAUCGGCCCUGUGGUGGCUGGGGUGAUCGGGGCUCGCAAGCCUCAGUACGACAUCUGGGGCAAUACGGUGAAUGUGGCCAGCCGCAUGGACAGCACCGGUGUGCCUGACCGCAUCCAGGUCACCACAGACAUGUACCAGGUGCUGGCUGCCAACACAUACCAGCUGGAGUGCCGGGGUGUGGUCAAGGUCAAGGGCAAAGGCGAGAUGAUGACCUACUUCCUCAAUGGAGGGCCCCCGCUCAGUUAG